AUGCCCACCCAAACAACAACAACAACAACAACAGCAGCAGCAGCAGCAAGCAUCCAAACCUGCAAUACCCCCACCCAAUACGAAAUCCCCGUUCAAGACGCCGCCUGCGCAGUCCCCUACAAAGACCAAUACACUAAACUCCUCUCAAAAUGCUGCAACAACGCGCCAGUCUCGGCGUACGACAACGACUGCGCAAUCUACUGUCUCGCGGUAGGGCAGUCCGUCCAGGAUCUCACGGACUGUUUGUACGAUGCCAAGGUUGACUGGGGGGAUGUUUGGUGCUUUGGGAAUACGAGUGCUAGUGCUACUGGUUCUCCUACGGGGAGUGGGAUUGGGGUGAAGGAGACUGGGUCUGCUACUGGGAAGGAAACGGGGAAGGGGAAGGCGACGGGGUCGGGGACAAGUACUGGGGGUGCGGUGGAGGAGACGGGGAAGAGUAUGGCUGGGGUUGUUACUGGGAGGGAGGUUUCUAGGGUGUCAAUUUGGGUUGUAGGGUGGCUGGUUGUUAGUUCUGUUUUUGGGGGGUUUGUUUGA